UGGCUGACGCCGCCGCCGUCCACAGCCACCGCGCGCGGCGCCUAUCUGGACGACGACGUCGUCUACCGCACGGCGGAGCGGGCGCUCGCCGCAGGCGAGGAGGAGGGUCUGGUCGCCCCGCCGCCCCCCGACGGGGCGCCGCGUCUGAUGAGGCAGACCGCGCGCGUGCU